AUGCCAUGGGCAUUAGCUAUUUUCGGGUCGAUUUUGUAUGGAAAGGGUCUAGUCAGGGCAGAUGUUAACGACACUAUGAUGACGUCCUACGGUACCCACAUGUGCAACCGUUGCGAAAAAUCAGUCACGAUGCACGUGGAGGAUGUGUCCAAGAUCUCACGAUGGUUUGGCUGGGGAUGGAAAGGGGAAGAAAAUUUCUUCGUUGUGCCAUGGGGUAUAUAA